CUCCAGGCAGCCUCCUCAUCUGGUCUUUCACAUUUCAGGCACCAGACAGACACAGCAAGCAUGAUUGCUUUCCCUCUUCCCAUUUCUGCUGUAUUUCUGACUGCUGUUACUCUUGGGGUCUCUGGCCUGGACACCUACAUUGCAGCUGUCUAUGAGCAUGCGGUUAUACUUCCUGGAGCCACUCCAGAACUUGUCCCUCCAGAAGAUGCCUUGAAACUGAUGAACCAAAAUCUAGAUGUCUUGGAAGGAGCCAUCAAAGCAGCUUCUGAACAGGGAGCCCAUAUCAUUGUGACUCCUGAAGAUGCCAUUUAUGGCUGGGUCUUCACAAGAGAAACCAUCUAUCCUUAUCUGGAGGAUAUACCUGAUCCUCAGGUCAACUGGGUUCCGUGCAAUGAUCCUGAAAGGUUUGGAUUCAACCCAGUGCAAAAAAGACUCAGCUGCAUGGCAAGGAACUACUCCAUCUAUGUGGUUGCCAACAUGGGGGACAAAAAACCAUGCAACUCCAGUGAUCCCAAGUGCCCCAGCGACGGUCGGUAUCACUACAAUACAGAUGUGGUUUAUGACUCGGAUGGGAAAUUUGUGGCACGUUAUCACAAGUACAACCUAUUUGCAUCUGAAACCUACUUUAAUUAUGCCAAGGAUCCACAGUUUAUUCACUUCAAUACUCCCUUUGGGAAGCUUGGUGUUUUCACUUGUGCUGAUAUGCUCAAUUUCGGGGAACCUGCCGUGUCACUGGUGGAAAAGUUCAGAGUAGACACUGUCCUCUUUCCAACCGCUUGGAUGAAUACGCUACCUCUUUUGUCUGCUGUUCAGUACUACUCAGCCUGGGCUAUGGGGAUGCGUGUCAACCUCCUCGCAGCUAACAUACACAAGCCCAGAUGGGACAUUACUGGGAGCGGCAUCUUCGCACCUGAUGGCCCCAGGGCAUAUCACUUUGAUAUGAAAACACAGAAUGGUAAACUGCUGGUUGCAGAACUGGAUGCGUACCCCCGUCUUUCACCCACAUUUCCUCCUGCUGUGAACUGGCAUUUAUAUGCAUCAAGUGUAAAGCACUUGUCUCCAGAGAGUCCGGUUUUUAUUGGAACCAUCUAUUUUGAUAAUUUCACUUUCACGGAACUAUCACAAGAAGCAGGGAACUACACUGUCUGCCAAAAUGGUCUUUGCUGCCAUUUGAACUACAGGAUGGUGGAAAAGCGAGAUGAUGAAGUUUACGCAUUGGGUGCUUUCGAUGGGCUUCAUGUAAUUGAAGGGGAGUAUUACCUGCAGAUCUGCACAUUACUGAAGUGUAACAACACAGAUGUGAAAUCAUGUGGGCAGAAAGUAGAUACUGCUCGUACAAGGUUCGAUUCCUUUUCCCUCAGUGGGACAUUUAACACCACUUAUGUGUUUCCUGAAGUCCUGCUCACUGAGACUCAGCUGGCCCCUGGAGAAUUUCAGGUAUUGACUGAUGGACGGCUGGUAAGCAAGCAUCGCAUAUCCAAGCCAGUCUUAACUGUGGCUCUUUUUGGAAGGUGGUAUGAAAAAGACUCUCCACAUCCACUGCACGCUUCUCCAUGAGAUCACCUUUAAUUGUAUUGUCCUAUAUUCAGUAUUCUCAAGUGUUCAUCUAGUUGCUACAUUUUAUGUCUGGUUUCCUGAAUUCUCUUGGGGCAAAGGGGUUACAACAAAAGCACAAAUAGACAGUAUCAACAUUCCAGUGUAAGACAAACUGGGCAAGUUGUUGGACUACAGGUUCCCAUAAUUUUCAGCCAUCAGGACCAUUGGUUGGUUGUGAAUUAUAAAAGUUGUUAUCACACACAUCUGCUGGUGUCCAGGUUGGGGAAAACUGCUAUAAUUCAUAACCAUGAUCAUGACUUUAUUAAGAUUUGUACUUUUCUGUGAAUGAAAUGGUAGCCAAAUGAAAUCUCUAUUUUGAGACUGGUGGGUGAGGGGAAAUCACCCUAGUUAGGGGUUAUUUUUGAAUCCAACUUGAACUAAACAGAGUAUACAUAUAGAAGAGA